GUGUGCGUAUUCGGGGAACGCAUCGAAGCUAUGUUUAUCGAGUCGCGCUGCAUCGGGUGUUUGCCAGAGUACGGCCCGGGCCAUAUUAAACACUCUGGUGAGGCGCUGUGCCUGCUCUGACGUAUUGAGAUUGGUGACAACAACCGGAAUAAUUGUCACUGCGGGAAAAUUGAUCUCCGAUACAUGGACGUCGGUGCGCUCGAUGGUGGUUUGCACCCAGUAGUAGAAGUAGCGCUCCGAGGAGAGGAUGCACACAUAGACAGUGACUAUGGCCAAGAUCAGCUUCAGUGGUAUGCGGGCACAGCUGCAAAUGGGGUCAAAGUGGGGAGUUGUCAGUGGGUUGAGUGUCACGAAAGUGUGGAGCUAACCUACCGCCUUACGGAAAGCCACUUAUUGUGCCUCUUCUUUUCCUUUUUCUUGGACCUAAUCUGCUUGCCCGGAACGCUGGCAUCAUCAUCAUCAUCAUCAUCAUUAGCAUUGCCGAGCUGCGGAUCAGGCUGCAUUUCAACUUCACCCAUUUCGCUCAAUUAAAGGACUGACUGGUUGGGAAAAGUCACGGUUAAUUGGGAGGCGAGCCCGCUAAUCAAUGAGUGCGACGACACGCACUUCUGGCUUAUCAUUUGACGAAAACAUAACUACUCAAUUACAACCGAUCCAUUCCAUUCCAUAAAAGGGUUUCCCUGCAGCCGGAGCAGAGCUCAGUAGUGAUUCAAUGACUCGCGUUCCGGCAUGGCAAAGGGUGACAAAUCGGAUGAGCCACACAAGGCAGAGACUAAGUGCUUUAUGGAGUUGUUGCGCGACUACUUUCGGAGCUACUGCGAAAAGUCAACCAUCCAUUGUGUCCGCUAUCUCUACGAUCCGCAGCUGCACAACCUGGAGAGACUUAUCUGGUGUUUGCUGCUCUCCGUUAGCAUUGGCCUGUCCUGGUUCUUAUAUAUGAUGCUGUCGGAGCGCUUUGCGUCGCAGAAGCUGCAAACUGUCGUCCAGGAUCCGCAGUAUCCCGUCUAUCUGGUGGAGUUUCCAGCCGUUGGCAUUUGCACUGACAACCGCAUCAAUUGGAGCCUGCUGGAGGCAGCCAAGGCGGAGUUCCUGCCUGCCAAUGCCAGCUUGCAGCUGGUGGAACACUUCACCACUUUGGUUGCUCGACUGGAGACGCUGCGCUUUGGCAGCUAUUUGGUGGGCUUGUCUGAGCUGGAGGACGACAACCUCGAGGCCGUGGACUUCAUCAACAUCACAGCCUUGGCCGGUUUCCUGGCACUAAGCUGCAAGGAUAUUAUGGUGCCCAACUCGUGCCUGUGGCGCAGCUCAUCCUUCGACUGCUGCGAGUACUUUGUGAUGGAGAAAACGGAGUUUGGGUUCUGUUUGGUCUUCAACUCGGAGUUUUCGCCGCGCUCAAAGGCAAUCAAGCAACGCGAAGGCCCCAAAUUCUAUCCGCGGCACAAUGCGAAGGCUGGUCAGAGCACGGGUCUCAACUUUGCUUUGCUUAUGAAUGAGAGCUUCAAGCGACCGAAUUCCUUGGCGACCGAUAAAGUCUAUAUAAUGAUCAAAAAGCCAGACCAAGUGAGCAAUGUGGUCUAUUCGAUGACCCAAAACACCGAGACCUAUGUGACGGUUCGUCCCGAUCUGACCUGGACCGACGAGUCCACCCGAAGCAUUCCCCCCGAGCGUCGCAACUGUCUCUUUGCGGAAGAGCAGCUGGAAUUGGAUCCUACGGACUCGGCCAAGAGGUACGGCAAGCCCUUUCAGCUGACCAACUGUCUGAAUCGGUGCCAUGAGUCCUACUUGAUACAGCUCUGCAACUGCUCCUUGCCGAUUUUCUUUCUACAAAAUAGAAUAGUCCAGGAAUGCAGUGCGACCAGCCUGCGGUGCAUCGCGAGGCAUAAUGAUAUUUUCAGCUACGAUAAGCGUCGGGAGGAGGAUGCGCUAUUUAGUGCCACCAAACCAGGCAUGACAUGCUCCUGUUUGGUCAACUGCUAUCUCAUCGAUUACUACACAUCCACAACAACGUUGCCCCUCUCUGUCAGGAGAAUCCCCAAGGAUCCGCAUCUGAAACUCUUCAAGGUGGAUGUGCACUACCAAGUGGAGACGACGCCGCUGUACCGCACCAGCCUGGAAUUUACCACGAUUGAUUUGAUAGCUAAUUUGGGCGGCAUCUUUGGCCUUUGCUUGGGUGCAUCCUUGGUCAGUGGCGUUGAGUUGAUUUACUAUCUGACCAUCGGCUUUGGCAUGCAUCUCUAUGACAACUGCUACUUUGGCGUACUCCGUGAGAAAAUUACGAUGAACUGGCACACCUUUAAGCGCUAUUUGCAGAACGAAGCCAGUCACCAGGUGCACCCGACCCCAGCAAAGGAGGAGGCCAAAGGCAAGAUAAGGCAUCCGCUGCAGCAGUACCAGAGGAAUGCUUGGUGAAAGUUAUUUAUUGAAUGAUUAAUAAUUAAUACUCUUAAUAUUGCAA